AUGUUUGCUCGUCAAUCUUUCCGUUGUGCACAGCCUUUGAAGCAGAGCUUCCGCAAAUACUCUGCGGACGCCGCUCCCAAGAAGUCCAACUUGACCCCCAUCUACGUUGGUGUGGGUCUCGCCGGUCUUGCUGCUGGUUUGUACCGAUACAACAACACUAGCGCUGUUGCUGAGCCCAAGGACCGCCCCAAGGUGUUCAACGGCGAGGACUGGGUGGACCUCAAGCUGGCUCACAUUGAGACCCUGAGCCCCAACACCAAGCGUUUCCGCUUCGAGUACGAUGAUAAGGAGGCUGUUUCUGGCCUUCCUGUUGCAUCUGCUCUGUUGACUCGUUUCAAGCCCGUGGGUGCUGAGAAGAACAUUCUCCGUCCCUACACUCCCACCAGCGAUGAGGAUAUUCCCGGCUACCUUGAGCUUGUCGUCAAGGCCUACCCCGGCGGCCCCAUGUCUGAGCACAUCCACUCCAUGAACGUUAACCAGCGCCUGUCUUUCAAGGGACCUAUUGUCAAGUACCCCUGGGUAGCCAACAAGCACAACCACAUCUGCUUGAUUGCCGGUGGUACUGGUAUCACUCCGAUGUACCAGCUCGCCCGUGAGAUCUUCAAGAACCCCGAGGACAAGACCAAAGUCACUUUGGUCUUCGGCAACGUCACUGAGGGGGAUAUCCUCCUCAAGAAGGAGCUGCAGGAGUUGGAGAACACCUACCCCCAGCGCUUCCGUGCCUUCUACGUCCUGGACAAGCCCCCUGCUGAGUGGGUCGGUGGCAAGGGCUUCAUCACCAAGGAGCUCCUGAAGACCGUCCUGCCAGAGCCCAAGGAGGAGAACAUCAAGCUCUUCGUCUGCGGCCCUCCCCCCAUGUACAAGGCUAUCUCCGGUGCUAAGGUCAGCCCCAAGGACCAGGGUGAGCUUACUGGUAUCUUGAAGGAUCUGGGUUACAGCAAGGAGCAGGUCUUCAAGUUCUAG